AUAGCACCUCAGCGGACACGUGGCGAGUUCUUAUAAGAGCAAGUUGUUAUGCCCUCUUCAAACUUCCAAUUCUAACCCCGACGCAACCCAACCUUUCCCCAACGGAGUCCCCCAAACUACCAAUCUUCGUUUCUAGAGAGAGAGAGAGAGGGGCAGGCGCCGGAAUCGAUCUCCGAUCGCACCGCUGGUUCCGUUUAUGGUCGUCGGAGAAUCGCAGAUCUUGUAGACCUUCCAAUCGUCGUUGUAGUCGUCGCUGAGCGGAGAUGGUGAAUUCCAUGGUUGAACGCGCCACCAGCGACAUGCUCAUAGGCCCCGAUUGGGCCAUGAACAUCGAGAUCUGCGACAUGCUCAAUCACGACCCUGGGCAAGCAAAGGAUGUUGUUAAAGGCAUAAAGAAGCGGAUUGGAAGUAAAAAUUCAAAAGUUCAACUUCUUGCACUAACUUUGCUGGAGACAAUCAUAAAAAACUGUGGAGAUAUUGUUCACAUGCAUGUUGCAGAGAGAGAUGUGCUUCAUGAGAUGGUGAAAAUAUUAAAAAAGAAGUCUGAUUCUCAUGUCAAAGAGAAGAUACUCGUUCUUAUAGAUACCUGGCAAGAAGCUUUUGGUGGCCCGAGGGCAAGAUAUCCACAAUAUUAUGCUGCUUACCAGGAACUGUUGCGUGCUGGAGCAGUAUUCCCUCAGAGGUCUGAACAAUCUGCGCCUGUAUUCACACCUCCACAAACCCAGCCACUGGCAUCAUACCCUCAAAAUAUACGUGACUCAGAGGCUCGCCAGGACACAGCUGAGUCCUCUGCAGAGUCUGAGUUUCCAACACUAAGUUUGACUGAAAUUCAGAAUGCACGUGGCAUCAUGGAUGUUCUUGCAGAAAUGCUCAAUGCCUUGGACCCUAGUAACAAAGAAGGAGUUAGACAGGAAGUUAUUGUUGAUUUGGUGGAGCAGUGUCGAACUUACAAGCAGAGAGUGGUACACCUUGUCAACUCAACUUCGGAUGAAUCACUGCUAUGCCAAGGACUGUCCCUGAAUGAUGAUCUGCAGCGUGUACUGGCCAAACACGAAUCUAUUUCUUCAGGAACUUCUACCCAAAACCAGAAUCACACAGAGAAUUCAAAACCUACACCUGCUCGAGCUCUUGUAGAUAUUGAUGCUCCUUUGGUUGAUACUGGAGAUACUAGCAAACAAACUGAUGGGAGAUCCUUGUCCAAUGUUGAAGAAGGAUCCCAAACAUUGAAUCAGUUAUUGCUUCCUGCACCUCCAACUCCUAAUGGUUCAACAAUCCCUGCCAAGGUUGAUCCCAAAUGGGACCUGCUCAGUGGCGAUGACUAUAACUCACCAAAAGCAGAUACUUCCAAUGCUCUUGUUCCUCUUGGAGAACAACAACCUGCCGGUCCUGUUUCUCAGCAGAAUGCCCUUGUUCUUUUUGAUAUGUUUUCUAAUGGAAAUAAUGAACCUAAAUCUGUCAAUACCCAGUUACCCCAGCCAGCUAAUGUUGCUGGUGAAACUGAUCCAUUUGCUCCCCAAUUUCAACAGCAGCAAACAGUCAUAUCUCAAGGUGGAUUUUACUCUAAUGGAACUGUCCCAAAUGCAGGUUCACCUCAGUAUGAACAAUCAUUGUAUACACAAAGUACAGGUCCUGGCUGGAAUGGUCAGGUUGCACAACAGCAACAGCCACCUUCGCCUGGAUAUGCUACACAAAGCAGUGGAUCAUUGCCACCACCUCCAUGGGAAGCUCAACCAGCAGAUAAUGGAAGUCCAGUAGCGGGCACUCAGUAUCCACACAUGCAGAAUGCUGCACAUCCUCCAGGGCCUCAAGCAAUGGGCAAUGAUCAGGGUGUUGGUAUGUAUAUGCAGCCAAAUGCUAACAGCCAUAUGUCAGCGAUCAAUAAUCAUGUUGGGAGCAAUCAAAUGGGCUUGCAACCUCACCAUAUUCAAGGUGUUGCCGGGCCCUACAUGGGUAUGGCUCCACAUCAAAUGCAGGGUGGUCCUGUGAUGUAUCCUCAACAGAUGUACGGAAACCAAUUCAUGGGAUAUGGCUAUGAUCAACAACAAGGAGUUCCAUAUAUUGAGCGGCAAAUGUAUGGCAUGUCUGUUAGAGAUGAUAGUGGUUUGAGAAACCCUUAUCAAGUUUCUACUACAUCUUAUGCUCCAUCUGGGAAGCCUUCCAAACCAGAGGAUAAGUUAUUUGGAGACCUUGUUGACAUGGCAAAAGUGAAGCCCAAACCCACCACUCCUGGCCGAGCUGGUAGCAUGUAAAAACUAUUAUACCGGGUUUGCUCUUUUUCAUCCGAUUGCUAACUUUUGUCCCCCCUUUUCUUUGAUUUUUCAUGUUUUUCUAAUAUUAUAUAUAUAAUUCUCUUUAUUGGUUCUUGUUACAUAUUGUUUUGCUUGUCUGGGAAUUAGCAUUUGAUUAUGUACAUUCGUUCUAGAGAAAACAUAGAAAACUGGGGUGGAAAAAGGCUAAACCAUCAUUGCGUUGGA